AAUUGUCAAACCAUAACCACAGCCCGCUGUUCUCGAACCUGUCGCCUGUUCUGUCAUCAGUUAAUCGUAACAUAAAACAAAAAAAAUCAUAGCUGAUAUCGGAUAAAACCCCACUUACGAUCCGACUCUAGAGAUUACAAUCAACGACGCUUGUAAAUAGUAGUGUAAUAUAUAAAAUAAGAAAAGGAAUUAACUGGUAUCGAAAAUAAAUAAAAACAUUACAUAAUGCCACUGUUAAGAAUGACAACUGGUGCUUUUGGGCAACUGCGUACCUUCGCAACGUCAUCAGCACUCGGUAAGAGGGUAAAGACUUUCGCCGUAUAUCGCUGGAACCCUGACGAACCUGACAAGAAGCCUUACACUCAGAACUUUGAGGUAGAUCUCGAUGACUGCGCGCCCAUGGUUCUUGAUGCUUUAUUGAAAAUCAAGAAUGAAAUAGAUCCCACCCUCACCUUCAGAAGGUCCUGUCGCGAAGGGGUCUGUGGAUCCUGCGCCAUGAAUAUCGAUGGGGUCAACACACUCGCCUGCAUCAGUCACAUUGACCAGAACUUGUCAAAGCCAACAAAAAUUUAUCCCUUACCACACAUGUACGUAGUAAAGGAUCUCGUGCCCGAUCUCACCAACUUCUACCGUCAGUAUCAGUCUAUAGAACCAUGGCUUCAGCGUGACAAUGAGGCUGUGAAAGGUAAGGAGACUCAGCUGCUUCAAGACGUCGAGGACAGAGUAAAGCUUGACGGUUUGUAUGAAUGUGUUCUGUGUGCUUGUUGUUCCACCAGCUGCCCCUCCUACUGGUGGAACGGUGACAAGUAUCUCGGUCCCGCAGUAUUGAUGCAAGCUUAUAGAUGGAUAAUCGACUCCCGUGACGAUGCCGCUGCAAAACGUCUAUCAAAGCUCAAAGACACAUACUCUGUGUACCGUUGUCAUACAAUCAUGAAUUGCACCAGAACAUGUCCCAAAGGCCUAAACCCCGGUAAGGCAAUUGCCCAAAUUAAAACCCUUCUAUCGGGCAUGGUGAAGAAGGAAGCUCCGAUCAUGGAUCCCUCAGGCUUACAGAAACAGGCCGCCCACAACUAAAUACACAUUUAUAUUGUGUUCCUACUUUAGUUGACAAUAAGAUUAAAUCAUUGACUUUGAAAUCCCAACCAAUCAAAUGAUAAUCACUUUAAAUAAAAUGACUCCACUCAUUGAGUGUUAAGAGAUUUUUAAAUAAUUAAAAUGUUUCCGAACCCAUCAGAUCGAUAGCCUAGUUUACAACUGCCAUGAAUAAAGAAACUGUCUAGAUUCUUAUUAUUUUAGUUUUGAUAUUGUGACUGAAACAAGUAUUAAAUAUUAUUAAUACAUGAACUCAGCAUGACAUAUUUAUUUACACUAAUAUCUCAAUAUCCGCUGUAAUUAUUUGUCGCUAUUUAUUAUCCAUUGCACAUUUAUUUGUAAUAGGCAUUGUAUCAUAUAGUUGAAUAAAGUUUUAUUUUUGACUCAA